UAAACUACUGAACACACCUUUAAACUGUUCUUUUGUGGUUGAAUUUGUGAUGCAAGAGUGUUGCCAUUGGGGUUAUUUUCACCCCAUCAUCGCGUAUUUAUGCAGUCUUGGAAGGGACUAGUGAACAUUCAUGAUUGCUCAGACACACACCAUUGUUUUCUAUACAAACCUCAGACAGUUCAGUUCAAGGGCUUAAUUAGCAGUAAUUCAGAACCCAGAGGGAGCAAACUCAAGAGAAGUGCUGAGAAAGGGUCUUAACAAAUGAUGUUGCUUCAAGAAAUAAUGAUCAGGAAAUACCAAAUGGGAUUAUUACAUUCGAAUGGAGGGGUUUGGACCCCAGAAAAACCAUCAGAAGUCCAGCCCUUUUGGGUGUGGAUGAGCUUGCCGUGUGGAAUUCAAGUAAAGGCAACCGAUCUCCUCAGGUCAAUUGGAUGCCUAUUGGACAAGUGGAAACAAGCACCAACUUUCACUGCUUGUUGUACUUAAAGAAGUGCUCGCACAAAGAGCAUUGUUCUAAAACAACACAGCCUUUCCAGCUCUCUCACUGUGAGCCUUGAUCUGUCGGUGAGGGGAACAGCUUCUGACCAGACGCAGGUAUCUGCCAUGGCUGGGACCUCUCUCGCAGGCGUUGGACUGCAACUGCUUGUGAUGCUGCUGGUUUUCCAAAAACAACUGGAAGCAAACGAAAACGUGCAACUAAAGAGGCAAAAAAGAGCAUGGAUUAUUCCACCAUUAAGAAUACCAGAGAACGAGGACUACACAAAGAGGGAAUAUAUCGGCAAAAUUCGCUCCGACUUUGAGAGUAAACAGACAAUUUUCUAUGAGAUAAAGGGAAAAGGAGCUGAUGAAGAGCCUAUGAACAUAUUUGUUGUAGACAGAGUUCGUGGCACAAUUAGGGUCAAUGACAUCCUGGAUAGGGAAGAAAUUGCUGUUUACAAUCUCACGGGAAUUGCAUUUGACCAGUCAUACAAAGCAGUGGAGGAAAACAUUAAUCUCACGAUUGUUGUGGUAGACAAAAAUGAUUGUCCUCCAGUGUUUAAAAUCAACCAGGUUGGAGAAAUCAAAGAACUAAGUGCAAAAGGCACCCCUGUCAUGCAAGUAAUUGCUACAGAUGAUGACGACCCCGCUACAGACCAUGCUAAAAUUAAAUACAGCAUCGUGAGCCAGUCCCCACCAGAGCCACAGAUGUUUUAUAUAGACGAAGACACAGGCAUGGUUUACGUUCAAAAAGCUACCCUUGACAGGGAAAUGAUCGACUCCUAUACUUUGGUGGUACAAGGCAGGGAUAUGGACGGAGCAAUCACAGGCAACACUGGAGAGGGGGACAUUCAAAUUAAAAUCUUAGAUGUCAAUGAUAAUGUUCCUACGCUGGAGAAAGAAGAAUUUUCUGCCAUUGUGGAAGAAAACACAGCUAAUAUUGAAGUCAUGAGACUGAAGGCCUUGGAUAAAGAUCUAGAAUUUACAGACAACUGGGAGACAGAGUUUGAAAUUGUGUCAGGAAAUGAAGCAGGCUACUUCACUAUUGUGAAGGGCUCCCAGGCUAAUGAAGCAAUCGUAAUGCUGAACAAGGCACUUGAUUAUGAAGAAAUGCAAAAUGUUGACAUUGCUGUGGCUUUAAGGAACAAGGCGGCUUAUUACAGUGAAGCUGGAAUGGUAUUUGGUUCAGGGUUAGGGAAAUCCUAUCCUAUCAAAAUUCAAGUUAAAAACCAGCCUGAGGGGCCCAGGUUUAGUCCUAAGGUAAAGGCUAUUUCCAUCUCUGAGGACAAGAAAAAGCUCAACAUCAGCAGGGUGAUUGCAAAAUAUCCAGCCAUCAAUGGGGACACUGGGAAGCCAGCUGAGAGAGUCAGAUAUGCAAAGGCAUUUGAUCCUGACAACUGGCUGUCAAUUGAUGAAAAGACGGCAGAGAUCAAACUGAACAAGCUGCCAGACCGGGAAUCCAAACAAUUGAUUAAUGGCACAUACUACGCAAAAAUAUUGGUCAUGACUGAAGAUUUCCCUGCAAAAACCACCACCGGUACGAUUGCUAUCCAGGUGGAGGACCACAAUGACCACUGUCCAGUUCUGACCAGUACCUCCCAGGUUCUGUGUAACAAGAGCAGAGCUGCGUUUAUCACAGCUGAGGAUGGAGAUAUCGAUCCCAAUGGGCCUCCCUUUGAUUUCAAAAUCAUUCCUGAAGGUACCAAGGGCACAUGGAGAGUUGAAAAACUGAAUGGCACCACUGCAAUCCUGCGAGCCCAGGACAACGUGUGGCCUGGCUCAUAUGAAGUCACUGUGGAGGUGAAAGACCAACAAGGACUAUCCUGUCCUGAUAAGCAGGUUGUCAAGAUAGAUGUCUGCACCUGUGGAGGUGAUGAAAAAAACUGUGGACGCACUGAGAAAAGUGGUGCUACAUUUGGAUCUGCAGGCAUUGGUCUGCUCAUCCUUGGAUUAUUGAUGCUGUUACUGGUGCCUCUCCUACUGCUGUUCUGCUCGUGUGGAGGGCUUGGAGGCAGAGGGGGGUAUUUUCUUGACAUGCCUUUUGCUACCAAAGAGCAUUUGAUUUCAUAUCACACAGAAGGACAAGGCGAAGACAAGGCGGUCCCGCCUCUGGAAGCUUACUUAGGAGGGUUCGUGCCUGGCAUGGGGACGCUUGCUGCAGGUUCGAGAGGGUCGCAGACGGUGACUGGAGAAGGCGGCCUCGUCAAUGGACAGAGGACAAUUAAAAAGACGUCCGGGUUCGGCGUCAGUGCAGAGUCUGAUGGCCGAGCUCUGGGAGACAUGAGUUACCGGCAGAACUCGAGUAUUCGCAACUCCAAGUCUGAAGUCCGGGAAAGUUACUAUGAUGGAAUUGCACUCCCUGAUGCUUAUUUGAAAGAGUACUACAUGCAGAAGUCAAUGUAUGUUACAGAGGAAGACCAGAUUCAGAAAGAUGGCUUACUGAUUUAUGACUUUGAAGGACGAGAAUCCCCUGUGGGUUCAGUGGGAUGCUGCAGUUUCAUUGAAGGAGAUGAUGAUUUGGAGUUCCUGAAUGACCUGGGACCCAAGUUUAAGACCCUUGCUGAGAUCUGCACAAGUAAAGAAAUGAAAUCGGAACUUGUGGUCCCUCCUGCCAUGCCUACUGUCCAGGAUGUGGCUGUAACUCGCACAGAGAUCAAGAGAGAAAACACUGUGACAACUGAUGCUGUGAGACCUCAGCCCAGCCCAGUUCCUCAGCCCCAGAUCCAGAAAAACAUUGUCACCGAGCAGUAUUCUUCCACCACUCUCCCAGCCAUGCACCUCAGAGAAAAUGUCGUUGUUCCCAGUCCUGCAUAUGUCAUCCAACAGCCUGUCUAUUACACUACCACCCCAGCGGUUCAACCCACUCGGUACAUUGUGGAGCCGCAGGUCCACAACACCGUGCUUUUCUCAGAAAGGCCAGCUGCUCCUAAUGUGCAGGGUGUGCUGCUGCUGAAUGAAGGCUCAGGCUCUGAGAAGGUCCUGGUUCAGGAGAACAGAGUUGUGUCUGGCUCUGCUGUGCAGGGUGGAGCACUGGGUGUCCUCCAUGGCACCUUGAACAGGAGUGAAAUCCCAGGCUCUCAGAAUGUGGUGUUAGUGGAGAGGAAGGCUGGAUCAGGGCAGUUUGUGCAGGAGGGGGUUGCUGGGCUUAAUCAAGGGGCUGUGCACAGGGUUGGACUGCCAGGGUCACAGAAUGUGGUGUUUGUGGAGAGGAAGGCAGGAUCAGGCCAACUCUUGCAGGAAGGGAUUGCUGGGCUUUAUCAAGGAACUGUAUGUAGUGUAGACCUAUCUGGAAAACAGAAUAUGAUGUUUAGAGAAAAAAAGAGUAUCAUCUAGCUCAGUUUCAAGUAGGGUGGAAUGAUAGGGGGUCUGUUUUCAUGAGUGAUGUGGAUGAUUUCUCACCUGAUUUGGCUAAAACUGUGAUGUCCUUUGAAUGUAAGUGACAGAUAAUUUAUUUGUUUGAAUUAUUCAAUUCACCUGAUGCUUUGACCUUAGGUGAUGCAUAGAAAUUAAAAAGACUAUUGGAGCCAAAUUAUAUAGUGGGGUGUGCCAGAACACUAUGGGUAAAAGGGAAACUGCAGUCCCAAUUUCUCAGACCAGUUAUUAAACCUUGGUAACAAAAUUAAUUAAUUGGUGGGGAAAAAAAAUUUAACGAAUUUUUUAAGCACAAAAUCGUGAACUUUGUCAUGUCGCCAUGUUGUUGCAAACUCACAUUCAAGUUCCCACUAAUUGCCAUAUGAUGCAGCCCUUCCUGCUCACUAGUCACUGUAAUGACUAGUGUAAUGUGAUAUAUGAGCAAAUAAGUACAGGUUGUGCAACAGACAUUUCACUCCAGGAAUGUCACAACAUGACCUGCAUGCACAGUUAACAAGUAAUUAGUACUUGUCUGCAAAACUCGGUCUCAAAAAUCUCAAAGGCGAGAGCAAUAGUUCUAUUGGAUUGAAAGAGAUGUAUUCACAAGCCCGCUUCUUUACAAUGUCACAGGGCCUCAUCACGUCACUGGAAGUUUAGUUGCCUUCUUCUGUAUCACAUACCUGGAAAUGUAGUCUGUUUUGUGAUGUAAAGUGGAGGUUUUACAAGUUACUGUGUACGUUUUACUUUUAUUGUGGUUUGAAAUGCACUCAUCAAUCUGAUUCUUUCUAACCCAAAAAUGUAAAAAUAGCCUUGCAAUUCCCUUUGAAGUGCAUUGCUCUGGGGCCGAGAAUCUCAGUUGUGAUCCAGAGAGACCAGUGUGUCGGGUUAUUUUCAUUCUAACUGGACCUUUAUUCAUGAGUGUAAACUGCAUGUACUGUAAUCAAUCCGCUUCCUUGCUUAAUUUAUUUCCCAGUCUAUGCUUUCGAAAAUAUCCUCAUCACAUUAUAACACCAUCAACAUACAGAAAUUCAUGGAGUCUCUCCACAACUUGCAAAUAAUGAGUUUUCUCCCUUAUUUUAGACCAAAACAUCUUGUUAAAGGCAUCCAUACAGGCGAACACUGCAGGAAGUGAGUUUGUUUAUCCAUUCUGUUUCAGUCAUGUUGUCUCCAUUGUAACACACCAUGAAAAUAGUUAAACCAGUGGAUUACAGUGCCGUGAAAAAGUAUUUGUUUUUCCUGAUUUCCUCUGUUAUUCCAUAUUUGUUUUCAGAUCUUUAGACUAAAUCUAAUAUUAGAUAAAGGGAACCUGAGUGAACAAAACACUUUUUUCUCAUUAUUUCAUUUGUUUAAUAAACAGUUAUCCAACACCCAUAUCCCCUGUGUGAAACAGUUAUUGCCCCCUUACACUUAAUAACUGGUUUCACCACCUUUAGCUGCAGUGACUGCAACCACACACUUCCUAUAAUUCAAUAUCAGUCUUUCACAUCGCUGUGGAGGAAUUUUAGCCCACUCUUCCUCACAGAAGUGCUUUUAUUAGACUCACUGGUAGGUUUGGACUACUUAUUUCAGGUCCUGCCACAGCAUCUCUUGGGUUUAGGUCUGGGCUUUGACUAGGUCUUUUCAGCCAUUCUGAUGUGGACUUACUUUUGUGUUUUGGAUAAUUGUCUUGCUACAUGACCCAACUACGCUUCAGCUUCAGCUCACGGACAGAUGACCACACGUCUCCUUAAGAAUUUUCUGAUACAGAGCAGAACUCAUGGUUCCUUCAAUUAUGACAAGUCGUCCAGGUCCUGAGGCAGCAAUGCAUCCCCACAUCAUCACACUCUCACCACCAUGUGUGACUGGUGGUAUGAUGUUCAUACUGUGGAAUGCUGUGUUUGCUUUACACCAGACUUAAUGGGACCAAUGUUGUUCAAAAAUUCCAGAAAAAUAGUAGAACAUUCUCCCCCAAGGCUUGGGGAUCAUCCAGGGGCUUCUUGGCAAAUGAGAGACGAGCAUUUCUGUUCUUCUUGGUUAGCAGUGGUUUCUGCCUUGCUACUCUCCCAUGAAGCCCAUUUUUGCCCAGUCUCUUUCUGAUUGUGGAGUCAUAAACACGGACCUUAGCCAGGGCAAGAGAAGCCUGCAGUUCUUUGGAUGUUUUUCUAGGAUCCUUUGUGAUUUCCUGGAUGAUUUUACACUGCACUCUUGGAGAAGUUUUGGCAGGACGGCCACUCCUGGGAAGAUUCACUACUGUUCCAAGUGUUCUCUCAGGUUCCCUUUAUCUAAUAUUAGAUUUUGGUUGAAUACUUGAAAACAUUCAGUGUCAAAAAUCUGCAAUCAUAGAGGAAAUCAGGACAAAUACUUUUUCACAACACUGUAGUUAUCUUAAAACGACCCCUGCCUUAAUAAUCUGACAUCUCAAAAGCAUUUAACCCUUACUGUAAUAAUCUGUAUUAGACAUUGGCUGUUAAAUAGUAGAUUUGUGUUAUGUACAAUAUAACAAAUUCCAAUAAGAAAAUGUAAAAGAAUGUAAUCAAAUGUUAUCUCUUUUGUGAAGGGAUUAUUUUUAAACGUUUUGCACUUUAAUGGUUUUUUUUACCUCUUUGCAAUAUUUUUUUAUCUCUCUGCAAUUCUAUUUUUUAGAUGCACUUUUAGGUUAGCGUACUCUUUUUCUGUGUUUUGAUUUUGGGAUCUGUUGUAAAAGAUCUAUAGAGUACACUCUUCCUUUCAUUUUUUUUCUUAUUUUCUUUUGAUUCUGGUACUGUGUGUUCUCAGAGCUGAAACAAAGCACCUUUGAGCAACAGUUAGUCAGGGUCAUACACUACAGCAUGUAUACACCAAGCUGUAUGAUGUUGUUAGAAAUGUAUAUGUUUAAUCUUUUAUAAUGCAUGUUAGUAUACAGUAAAUGGUAUUAUAAGGGUUGCAAAGGACACAUAAAAUACUGAUUGUUUUAAAAGCAAUACUCAUUGUGCAUGGAUGGUAGUAAUGUUACCCUUUCAGUUGGGAUACACAAAACCAUUUACAGUUGACUCAUAAAUAGAUAUAACUAUUCAGUAUAUUGUAUAUGGGUAUGUUAAGGGGGUAGUGAUGUUAAUACCACAUAUUAGCCAGUUCCAAAACCAGCUUGAAUAUAAAUGUAUUCUGAAAAUUAAAUAAGAAAACACCCACCUCAGAGGUUCUUCAACAACAACACAUGACUUCUUUACUUUUUUGGGAACAGUGUAGUGGUAGAGAAAUAAGCAAGUUUUAAAACUACAAUACUUUGUGUACUGCAUGACUUUGUUGAGCAAGCUUGGUUUGGUGGAAGAGUGAUAGUGUGGAUUUGAGUUAAUAUUGAGCUCUGCUCUGAACCUAUUGCACAGGGUAGUCUCAUUGCCUAUAAACAGCCCACAGUUUGCUUGGUCGGACCCUCAGUAUCUGGGGGAUACAGACAGCUCAUUUGCCAGCAUGACAAUGGUAAAAGUACACAGGGAGUCCUUCAUGCACAUACUGUAGUAGCAAGUGCUGAACUGUCCUGAAUGACUGCCUGAUAUGAACCCAAUCAAGCACUUGAGGAAUAAGUUGGCCAUUGAAUUCCACAACACCAUUCUUAACUCGUUCUCAAGCUGUUACAAACUUGUUGUAGGCCUUUAAGCUUCAUUGGAUUGGUCUCCCAUGAACACGUCUGAGAUAUAAACAUGUAGGCUUCAGGCUUGUGUCAAGUGUAUGUUGGUCAGAACAAUUAUCAGACAUCAGUGACCCCUGUAUGCUCCGCAUGCCGUCUGUGAUGUAACAGCCAAUGCAGACAAGUGAAAUGUGCACUGUUCUUUAGUUUAUCGUAUAACCAUGUUGAAAAACAAAUUGAACCAGGAAGUCAUAAAAUUAUUUCACUCUUUGAAUUUCCUCUCAGGAGAAUAUACAAAUAAACUUAGAAAAGGA